AUGUUCUUCGCACAGGAGCUUUUGAUCAUACUGGAAAACAAUAUUUCAUCUCCAGAGGAAAUGAAGAAGGUUGCUCUGGAAAGGUAUCAAGCAAUGAGAGGCAAUGCCCCUGAGAGAUUGGUCUCUGGAUCUGAUGAUUUUACUAUGUUCCUUUGGGAACCUUUUGUCAACAAGCAUCCCAAAACUCGCAUGACAGGUCAUCAGCAGCUUGUGAACCACGUCUAUUUUUCACCUGAUGGGCUAUGGGUGGCAAGUGCUUCUUUUGAUAAAUCUGUGAAGUUAUGGAAUGGCACCACAGGGAAAUUUGUUGCUGCCUUUCGGGGCCAUGUCGGGCCUGUUUACCAGAUCAGCUGGUCUGCAGACAGUAGACUUCUUCUAAGUGGCAGCAGAGAUUCCACACUUAAGGUUUGGGAUAUUCGGACUCGGAAGUUGAAACAAGAUCUUCCAGGCCAUUCUGAUGAAGUUUUUUCUGUUGAUUGGAGUCCCGAUGGAGAGAAGGUAGCCUCUGGUGGUAAGGAUAAAGUGCUGAAGUUGUGGAUGGGCUAG